GCCGCCUACGUCGCGCAGACACGGUCUCUGGUCCAUCUCUGGGUUGUCCCGUAGGCGUCAUCAUGGUGCGUGGGCUCUCGCGUUUUUGAGGGAAGAGGCGAGAGAGUUUGUUUUGACUCAAUAGAGCGCGAGAUCGAACGUGUGGAAAGGGGACGCGUCGUCUUCUCGUUCACUAUGGCAUCGCGCUCGUCCGGGAACGACGUCGUCUCGCGUCUCCGCGACGAUGGGCAACGGUGAGCGUCCCGAGGUGACCGAUUAAUCUCUCAGUUGGACUCUUUCUCUCUCUGUCUGCCUGUCCUUUUCUGACGCGCGAUGUCGCGGUGUUCGACGAGGAUGCGUUGUCGUCGUCUCCUGGAACGGUGGAUCCUGUUGGCCGUCUGCUUCCUGGGACUGAUCGUCCUGACGACGAGCGUCGCCGAUUCGACGAGGUUGCUCUACGACAAGGCGGACAGCUGCCCGGUCGAGUGCGCCUGCCUCGGCAAUUUGGUCUCCUGUAGCGAGUUGCAACUGAUCGAGGCACCUAGUGGACUGCCACCGUGGACGGAAAUUCUAGAAUUAAAGGACAACAAUAUUGCUAAUUUGGAAUUUGACUCAUUACUUCACUUAAAGAAACUCAAGAAAUUAGAUGUAAGUGCUAAUAAACUUGGAGAUAAUUUUACUAUCGCCUUGUCAGACGUUGCACAAUUACGUGAACUUAAAGUGAAUAAAAAUCACUUAACACAAGUGCCAGAUCUUGUAUUUGUUAAGAAUAUUACUCAUCUUACGCUAUCCCAUAACUUAAUUACUAGUAUAAACGGGACUGCAUUGCUUAGUUUGCAACAGCUUCAAUAUCUGGAUCUCAGUGGGAAUAAAAUAAGUGUCCUUCAAAAGGAUUCCUUCCUUGCUCCUAAUCGACUUAUACAUUUAAAUUUGAAUGCAAACCAUAUAGGAAUGAUUGAAAAUGGAAGUUUAUAUAAUUUAACUUCAUUGGAAGAGCUUCGUUUAAAUAAAAACAAUUUAACACAGUUAAAAGAUCUUUUCACAAAUUUGGGAAAACUGCGAAAGCUAGAGGUGAACAAAAAUAAUUUACAACAAAUUCAUGGAUUAAGUUUGAAAAAUUUAAAGAGCCUGGAGGAAUUGCAUCUAAAAAGAAAUAGAAUUGAUAAGUUGGAUGAUGGAGCUUUCUGGCCACUUAAAAAUUUGAUACUAUUACAUCUUGAUUUUAAUGUGCUGACCACUGUGAAGAAAGGUGCCUUAUUCGGAUUGGAACAUUUACAAAAGCUUACCUUGUCACACAAUCAAAUUUCAACGAUUGAACCUCAAGCAUGGGAUAUAUGCAGAGAAAUAUUGGAGAUAGACUUGUCACAUAACGAGCUGACCUCUAUAGACCGAGGUUCUUUCGAAUAUCUUACAAAACUAGAAAGACUUAAACUGGAUCAUAAUCAGAUAGCAUACAUCUCAGAUGGAGCAUUUAAUUUUACGACCAAUCUUCGCAUUCUGGAACUUAAUUCAAAUAAGAUAUCCUAUAUGGUAGAGGACAUCGGUAAUGCAUUCUCUCCGCUUGAUCAAUUAUGGAAACUGGGUCUGGCUCAUAACAGAAUAAAAUCCAUACAUAGAGAUGCUUUCACCGGUCUGAGUCGCCUUAAUGAGCUUGAUUUAAUCGGAAACAAUGUUACGUCCAUUCAGGAAAAUGCCUUUUUUCCAAUGUCUAGUCUGAGCAAACUUAAGAUGAACACCCAAGUCUUAGUUUGUGAUUGUGGACUUCAAUGGCUAAGCAUGUGGUUGCAAGAACAUCAUUAUAGCGAAGCUGAAUUGUCCUGCGGUUAUCCACAUUGGUUACAAGGCAUGUCGUUAACUCAGUUACAUCAUGCAAAUUUUACUUGUGCUGAAUACCCAAAACCACGAAUUAUUCAAGAACCCAUGAGUCAAAUGAGCAUCAAAGGGGACAACGUGACAUUGAUUUGUCGUGCAACCAGCACCGCUGACGCGCCACUUAAUUUCACUUGGAAAUAUAAUAAUGUGGAAUUAAGCGGGAUGAAUUUGCAGACCAACAUCAGUUCCUCUGAGAGCGGAGCAACCGAGGCAACGUCUACGUUAUACCUUACUAAUGUCACUCACGCUAAUGCGGGGAAAUAUCAGUGCAUGGUAACAAAUAAUUAUGGAACUACGUACUCUGCCAAAGCCAUAUUGACUGUGUUGGUUUAUCCGUCCUUCUCCAAAAUUCCGCAUGACAUACGAGUAAAUGCCGGAAGCACCGCCCGUCUGGAAUGUUCCGCCGAGGGACAACCGGCCCCGCAGAUAGCCUGGCAAAAGGAUGGUGGUAAUGAGUUCCCAGCUGCGAGGGAGAGACGUAUGCACAUGAUGCCGACGGACGACGUACUAUUUAUAAUAAAUGUCAAAAUGGCCGACAACGGAGUUUAUUCGUGUACUGCGCAAAAUUUAGCUGGCGUUAUUGUUGCAAACGCUACCCUUACUAUAUUGGAGGCACCGUCCUUCGUAAAGCCGAUGGAGAACAAAGAAAUCAUGGUAGGGCGGUCGAUCGUGCUCGAAUGCAUGGCCGGCGGUUCACCACGUCCGAAAUUAUUGUGGCGAAAGAACGGUAGUCCAUUGCAAGCAACGGAGCGUCACUUCUUCACCGCCGAGGAUCAGUUAUUAAUCAUCGUUAACACGAUCACCAGCGACGCUGGUAAUUACGAGUGCGAGAUGAGUAAUUCAUUGGGUAGCGUAAUCGGUGCGUCGUAUCUCACGGUCAAUCCAGCUCCGACUUCUGUGCUGAAUGACUCCGAAAUACUGGGCUUGAUAAUAAUCACCGUUGUGUGUUGCGCCGUUGCUACUUCCGUGAUCUGGGUGGUCGUCAUUUACAAAACCAGACGUCGUUUGAAUCUCGCACAGGACACCGCUGCCUCGCCGCCAACGACCGUCGUACUAACUGUACCGGAAGCACAAACGCAAUUGUAUCUGGAUACGAGCUCGCAGCACAGCAAAGAUAGUGGAACUGGAGACAGCACUAAUCCCAGCAAUGAUCAGCUACAAUUGUGCUUACCAGAAGGGGUCGUGUCUAAUUCUGCUAAUAACGAAGAAGAAAUGGGAACCAUAAAUGUUGAUGAUCCUCUUUUGCGUUAUACGAAUCACGAACGACAUGCGAGCGAGAACGCCGAUAGCGCGGUUUAAAGUCGGAAUGUGAAAAAGGCUAACGCAUGUAACAAUUUUGCAACCGGUAUAGUGCGAAAAACUUUUCGUGAAGAGCCACUGAGUAUUCGUGUGUGAACGCAGUUAGUUUUUAAAGUGGGAUAUAAAUAUUCCGCUGUAAAUGGUAUAUAAAUUUAAUGAAUUGUAGUAUUAUGAGGGGCAAGGACUCUCCAUUGGUCCUCCACUGCCUAAGAAUGACCUACGGUGAACGUUGAUCCGACAAUCCAAUACACAAUCGAGUACAAUUCGAUACUACGGAGUUAGUAAUGGAUCAGCGAAUCACGGCACAAGUACAACCGAAACGA